AUGGGCAAGAACAUGCAGGAGAAUGACCCUAGCCGCUUCCCUCACAACCAGCCCAAACUGGAAAACCAGAGCUGUGUGCACGUGAGCGGGAGGCUGGGGAUACCCGAGCGUCCGUUUAGAGAGGAGCAGAGAAACAAGGCAUGGUUGCCGGUAGUUCUCGCCACGUGGCCUCCAGGAGCAGUUCAGACUGUCGCUUCCUUCCAGGCCAACCACUGCUUGGCUCUCAGACUUCUGGCUCUGACCUCUAAGGGCUCUUUAAAGAACUCCUCUGAUUGGCCCCCUCCUCCCUGCCUUGGGCGCGACUUCCCCCACUCUGCUUUCCAGAGUUGCGGAACCUCGCCCGAGGGUGCCCACCUCCUCCCGGUGCAACUUUCUCGGCUCCCCUUCACCUGGGCCCUGAAACUUCACCGGAGAGAACCUUUAAUAAACCUUGCCUUACACUCACUUUGCCUGGUGUUGUGUUUAUCUCGUCGGAAAAACCUUACAUUUGGUGCCGAAACCCGGGAGGAGAUUGAGCCCCCACCCCAGUGGGGAGGCUCUCUCCUUUCCCUAGCCGGACUGGACCUGCCUUUCCGAACGCCACUUCUGAAGCCGUGGUUGGAUCGAGGCAUACCCUACGGCUCGAGAAACAGCAGAUGUAGUGGCUACAAUACUCAUCGAGCACAUCAUCCCGAGGUUUGGAUUGCCCCGGACCCUCCAGUCAGACAACGGACCUGCCUUCAUCUCCAGUGUAACCCAGCAGGUAGCGGAGAGCCUCAACAUAACCUGGAAACUUCACAUCCCAUACCACCCACAGUCAUCGGGGUCGCCUACAAGAACUUGCCCGAGUAUCCGUCAAUCAACUCCUCCUCCAGCCCUACUCUCGCCUGCCCACUUCCGACUACCCUUAUGACGACGCCCCCUGUCAGCAGGAAGUAGCCAGAACCGAGUCGACGCCCCUGACACCAUUAUAUUAAGCAAAAGGUCGGAAUGUUGGGCUGGCAGGAAGGGCUACCAAAGAUGGCGAAAAUUCCCGCCACAAGACCUGAACUCGGACAGGAGAACAAAGGACCAAGAUGGCGAAAGUUCCCGCCACACCACCUGAGCUCGGACAGGAGAACAAAGGACCAAGAUGGCGAAAGUUCCCGCCACACCACCUGAGCUCGGACAGGAGAACAAAGGACCAAGAUGGCGAAAGUUCCCGCCACACCACCUGAGCUCGGACAGGAGAACAAAGGCCCAAGCAGGAACCUGAGACCCCCGCCCUGGGCUCCUGUGGACCAAUGGGAUCCCGAUGAGCAGGAGGGAUAUCCAAAUAAGGGAAACUUGCCAAAAGACGCCUGAGCUUUCCCCAAGACCCCUUAAAAGCCCCCUCCUCCCUGCCUUGGGCGCGACUUCCCCCACUCUGCUUUCCAGAGUUGCGGAACCUCGCCCGAGGGUGCCCACCUCCUCCCGGUGCAACUUUCUCGGCUCCCCUUCACCUGGGCCCUGAAACUUCACCGGAGAGAACCUUUAAUAAACCUUGCCUUACACUCA